AUGAAACAAUGGAGUUUCAGAAGCUGAAAGAUCAGUUGGAAGUGUUUCAAUCAACCCAACAAGGAACUAGUGAUAUAAGUAUCCAGCAGCAAACAAUGAAUUGCUCGCAGCAUCUCAUUCAGCAAUACAUUGAGAAUGGGCUGGAUUCUGGGAUUGAGGCAAGCAAUAUCAUAAGUGAUAUGGAAAAGCUUUGUCGUGUUUAUCUUGUUAUACCACAACAUUUGUCUCGUUGGGCCAUGGACGAAGUGGACAAAAUCUCCAAAACAUUUACAGAGGAGCUUGGAAAAGUUGCUAACCCAGUGCAUUUUGACAGGCACCAAGUGCCAUUGCUGUUUUCAAAGGACACUCUUUAUCAUGCAAGCCUUUGUUGUGAGGCUAUAAAUAGUUUCGUACCCGUAAAUCCGCUGUCAUUUUUCCGAAACAAGAAACCACAACACAGUCUGACUGAAGUGUCAUUUUCCAAGAGCAGGGAUGGAAUCAUGCCAUACCUGAUUGCAAGACAGAAAGAUGUCCUGUACGUUGCUUUUCAGGGAACCUGUGAGAUAUCUCAGUGGAUUAAAAGUGGCUCUUCAUUUGAUGAAGGUUUAAGAGAAGAAUGUAGCAAAAUUCCCCUUCGGUUUUUUAUGGAUGAGCUACUCAGCAAUAAAAGAAUUGUACUCACAGGAUUUUCUUUUGGUGGUAUGCUGGCGCUCUGCAUCAGUGCUAAGCUGUGGCACAGUACAAUGGCAGACCAACAAGCUCUCACAGAGCGCAUUAUCUGCAUCACGUUUGGCCAACCCCUUGUUAAGUUGAAAAUGGUUGAAGAUGAAAUAAGUGUUUCUGGAGAGUUCGAGAAGUCAAUUCACUCUGUAUUUAGCAAGGAUGAUUUUGUACCAGCAAUGUUCAGCUACAUGCCUAUUGAUAAUAGAGAGCCAGAGCCUAAUGUGUCUCCUCUCCUUCAUCCCAAAAUGAAAGCCCUUGCUGCUCCUAAGGAUACAAUGUCCCAAGGCAACCCACGGAAUACCUCUGAACAAGUUCUUUUUUCUAAUCCAUUUGUGAAAACAUUUCUUCAAAACCUCUCAAUAAUUCAAGAGAAAUGUCAACAGUUACAGGUGAAACCAAAGGUGGGAGAUGCAGUAGAGUGGCUUGAUAAAGCUAUGUUGCAGCUUAAAGAGCCAACGUCUCCAACUCUGUAUGGGAAUUGCUAUGUCAUGUCUCGAGAGAAAAAGCAAGGGAUUGUGUGGCAUUCCCAAACCAAGGAACUGGCUGCCAUUGCAUUAAGAGAACAUUUGUUAACUAAGCAGCUUUUUGAAAAGCAUACUAUGGAUCACUACAUCCCCUUGAUACUUCGAAGUCACCUGGAGAAACCAGUCAAAUACAUAAUACCUAAUCAAUUGCAGUCUACAAAAGAAGUUUCCGAAGUAGAUGCUCUGAAGCCUAAAAUAACCGAGCAGUUGACAUACUAUGAUUAUCCAAACGAAAGGGUCAUAAUCUUGGAGGGAGAAAACCUGUGGUUCUCAUAUAAAGUCUAUCUGGAUGAAAAGGGGCCACAUGAAUGUGAAUUUAAAACACAUGCAGAGAAUACUACACAGUACCUGAUUGAGUUUAGGGCAGACCUGGAAGAAAGUUCAAACCUCAGCUUAAGCAAACAAGUGAAGUUGGCUCUUUACACUCACUUUGCAAGUCCAAUAAGGCAGACCUUGAACAUAAAAAUGGAACCACGUGUCUUUCCAGUCCGGCAGAUGCAAUUGGCUAAGCACACACCAAGCCAGAUAAUACAGCUUGCAUAUCUCUGUGCCUUGCUAGAACAACGACACCAAAAGUCAGAUUCCAAACGUUUUACUGCAAUAGCCGAGUUUCUCGACAAAGCUGUGCAGGUUGUUCCGGUUGAAAGUGUAUUUGAUGCUAUUACAUAUGGGAAGAAUCAGAUUGCUCGAACGUGUGCAAAUGCUCUCCAAGAGAGGAGGUUGCAAUUGCAACCUUCCCAGCAUAUGAUUAUUGGGGCACUAAAGGCAUCCAUUCGUGCACAUACUGGAUAUGAUGGUGCAGUCAUAGAUCGGUUUAUUAUUCCUUCUGUAAAAACCUAUCAGCAGCCAACACAUACAGCAUUGUGGUGGCUUCAGUCAACUCAGCUACAAGGUCCUCAGAUGUUUUUUCCUGCAAUAGGUAUCGCACAAGUAGUAGUUGAAUCAACGCACAAGGGUAUGAAGCCAAAAGGAACGAUGAAACCCAAACCACCGACAAGCUUGCGAACAACUAAUGACAGAAGAAUAAAACGGUCUUCCCAGCGAUCAUCAAAGACAUACUCGGAUGCAGCAAAAAGUUCUCCCUCUCAAAGCACAAAAUUGAUGGCAAUGCCCUUUUCUAUCCCAAUUUUUCUUAAUUCCCAUCUGAACCAAUCACCUGAUCCUUUUCCAGAAUAUAUCACCAGAUAUGUUGAUGAAUGCCUAAAGGGGUUAAUUCGGCACAGCCACACAGCAAUGUCAAUACAGUGUGGUGCUGAAAUGAGAGUUGUGACAAAAAUGAAUGUAGGAGAAUUAUACUCAGCACUCGGAGGUAAAUCUGCUCACUUUAAGUCACCCUUACAAAUUUUGAGGGAAGGAAUAACUAAACUCGGUACAUACACCGAAGGUCACUUGCUUCCAGCAACCAAAUUGCCUAAUGAGCAAAUGCUAGCUCUAAUUGAGGGUAUAUUUCAAAAAGAUGUUAGCCUCUGUGCCUUGCUUUUGGGUGCCUUUAUGGAGCAACAAAUUCACAUUCCUCUUAUACACUCUGCCAAGACCACAGCUGAAACACUUUCCUCGCAAACCGCCCCAGUGGCUGUAGGAGUAUGGGCAUUGUUCAGCCAAAACCUAGCCUCCCUGGAAGCCAAGCUCAAAGGCCACAAUAGAAGUCAGCUCAUUGUUGACAUCAGAGAAUACAUGGAAGGAUUCAGCCAGAAAAUGCUUGAUGACGAAGAUAAAAUGUAUGCUGGUAAGCUACAAUUCCUUUUACACGGAAUACAGAGAAUUGUCACAGCCAGCAGCCAGUAUAUCAGUUAUUCCUUAGAGCACCAACUUUGUAGCAAUCCAAAAUUUGACAAAUCCUUGACCCUGAAGUAUCUAAUCACAGAGUGGGACACCAUCUUUCAGAAUGAUGCACUGUCCCUCAUUGGCGAGUCUCACAGGCCACUUGUUGCUAGAUGGCUAAAAUGGACAAUUCUUGUUCACGACCUGCGAGAAACCCUAGCUCAAUACACAUGCAUUGGAGUAACUGGAUUUGUCAACUCAGGGAAGUCACUACUGGUCAGGAAGCUUUUUAAAAUUCAGGAAGUAAAGGUUGGCAUACAAGCUGCAAAACGCACUACAGUCCCUCUGCUGUACAGCCUGGAGGAUAGCGUUGAAGGCCUUGAUGUCAUUGACUUCCCUGGAGUGGACGACACUGAUCACACAAUACCUGACCUGGCACGGCUCCUGCUCUCUCUUGCUCAGAUAAUAAUUUUUGUUGUGGACUUCAAGCGGGCAUGUUCCGACCCUGUGAAGGCUUGGCUGCAGGCACUGAGCAAUAAUGGUGCUCCAAUCCACAUAUGUCUGACUCAUGCAGAUGAGCUUUAUGCUGAGUGUAAAGCUGAAGGAAAAACUACAAAAUAUCGAAGACGAGCUGAAGCACAUCCGUUCUCACUUAAAACUUGAUCCACAUCGCACAAGGGAGGUUAUUUUAUAUUCAUUUAACCACACAUCUGAACUCAGUGAUGAAGAACUCAAAAAUUGUGGCAUAAAUUCUGAAGUUGAUGUAGGAAACUGGCUGGUCCAUGUCCUGAGAAACAAAUUUAAACAGGAGGAGCUAGCAGAGAAGCUUAAAAGGUUCUUAACAUGUCAGUAGCUAAUAGCAUUCAGUAGCUAAUAGCAUUAUAGAAGUGUCACCCUUUAUUAAAGAAUAUUAUUAAAUGUAUGAUCAGGAGAGGUAUUUAACAAUGCAUUAUGUCGUUGUGCUUUGGUAGAUCAAAAGUGCCACCAUGGGGCAAAAUUGUUUUAGUGCGUGCUGUUAUUAUACUUCCUGUCAACCUCCUGCGCGGUAACUGUUUGCUGCAGAAAGACAGUGUUUGUC